CCCCUCACACUCUCACCGACCCACUCCCACUCCCACACACACACACACACACACACGCAGAUAGUCAUGGCAGAUCAGGCAAGCAGCAGCAGUGUGAGAGUCAGGAAGGACAGAGCGAUGGAGAGAAAGAAGGAGACGGAGGAGUGUAAGGCAGACCAGGGGCCUGAGGAGGGCGCGGAGAGCGGGGUGGGGACUGGAGACGCAGCCGUGAUGAGCAACGGAGCGACGGAGAGCGAAAAACCUGAGGAGAUGGAGCUGCCACCCUUCCAGAUCAUCACUGGGGACCGAAUUGAUCCCUUCUUCUUCAAGUUCCAGUAUAAGAACGUGGAAUACUCGUCCGGUCGGAAUAAGACCUUCCUGUGCUACCUGGUAAACGAGGUGCGCGGUCCUGGCGAUGAGGCCAUGCUGCGCGGCUACGUAGAGGACGAACACGGGAGCGAAGAUCACGCAGAGGACGCCUUCUUCCGUCUCGUUCUGCCUCACUAUGACGCCUCGGCCCGUUACAGCAUCACCUGGUACGUCUCUUCCAGCCCGUGUUCCUCCUGCGCCUCAAAGCUAGCCAAGAUCCUGCGAGAACGCAAAACGCUACGUCUCACCAUCUUCUCAGCCCGGCUGUUUGAGUGGGAGGAGCCCGAGGUGAGGGUGGGGUUGAAGGCGCUCGCUGACGCGGGCUGUAAACUACGCAUGAUGAAGCCGCUGGACUUCUCGUACACAUGGGACACUUUCGUGGAACACGACGGCCAGCGCUUAGAACCGUGGGAGGACUGUCAGGAAAACUACGAGUACUACCAGGACAAACUGUCCGACAUCCUGCAGUGACCGAUCCAAAUAAGACGUUUAAGAUUGGAGCGAGCUGCAGAUGGCUUACCACUGUGUGUGUGUGUGUGUGUGUGUGUCCUUUUAACUUUUACUUUAAAAUUCCUGAAAGUUUGCGUUAAAUCACUGUUUAACGAGUCUUCUGUCCAGCUGUUAAUCUGCACGCUGAUGUUUCUGUCUCGUGUCCAGAUGUGUGCUGAUGUUACACUCUCAGAUCAUGUUAGUCACACCUCACUUAAUCCUGGUUUACAGUAACAUCGCAAUACUGUGUGUGUGUGUGUGUGUGUGUGUGUGUAAGUGUGUGUGUGUGUGUGUGUGAUUGUGUGUGUGUGUGUUAGAUUAUCAGCACAGGACUAAACCGUGUUUGAUGUUAUAAAGCAGUAUUUGUUGGGUGUUUGACUUUGUUUGAUUUUUGUACAGACGCGCUCUCACGUUAAUUCUGCACAGUGCUUUUGUUUUUCUUCACGUGUCUAAAGAGUGACGUGUUUUAUAUUGUUAAAAUCAGUGCAGUAGAGAAAUGAGCUUCAGUUAUUUUCCCUCUUCACCCUAAUUAGGGAAAAAAAUAAAAGCUAAUAAAACCA